CUCUCUCUCUCUGUCUUCAAAAUCCCUUUUUCUUAGAACCCUGUAAAGCAGGAAUUGCUCUAAUUGAGGCACAGGGUGGAGCCCCCAGAGCCUACCUGUUCAGUUUCCCCUUUUUCUCAAAGUGGGUCCUAACGCUUUUUCUCAGGACAUAUUUUAAUGUCAUUGAAGUACAGUGCUCCAGUGUCUGGGCUUGGGGCCACUUACGCAUUGCCGUUGAAUGAGUCGGUAAUUCUUCCUGAACCGACAUGGGCCUGUACCCCAUGCGUGGAAGUAGGAGGAGGCAGUGAGGAGCCGGAGAUCAGGCCUGAACCUGAGGGUCGAGGAGAGUCUCCUUUGCUGCAGUGCGUGGUCUCCUUCUCUAUCUGCAGGUUCCAGCCAGCCUGCUGAGGCCGAGACAAAGGCCCAGAGCAUGAGUCACCAAUCAGACACCCUCCAUCUGCCCUGUGGUCAGAUGAGGGGUCAGGGCCUCGGAAGCCAGGGCACCUGCACCCAGCCCAUGGAGAUGAUGCACUUGCAGCAGACCAUCGAGAAGCAUAUCAUGCAGUUGGCCACCAGGCACCAGCAGCAGGAUCUGGUGCUGGGGGACCAAAGGCAUCAUCAGGCCACCGGGGAGCAGGAAGCCCUCCCGGGCAAUUUAAUGUCCCAGUUGGUCAAUCUCCUACAGUCUGGGGCCCCGGGUGGCCUGGGGCUCCAACCGUCUUACCCUUCCCUGGAUGUGAGGGGGGAUGUCGGAGGUGGGCAGGGGGCCCAAUCAGCCGGGCAGCCUGACCAGCCAGUUCACCAACUGAAGGAUCCCGAAGCGACAUUUGUCAGCCAGCACCUGUCUAACCGUGGGAUCGAAAUCUCUGCAUCAUACCGGGCCAGCUUCCAGGACUACAAGAUGUACCAAGGAGACAAAUACCAUGAGGACAAGAACCCCUUGGGCUUCGUUAACCUUGGCAUCAGUGAGAAUAAGCUCUGCCUUGAUCUGAAGACUGAAAGGUUGAGUCAGAGUGAUAUGAACUUCAUUGAGGAUGUCCUGCUGCAGUAUCCUGAUUGGUCAGGGCAACCAUUCCUGCGGGAAGAGGUGGCCCGGUUCCUGACCUACUACUGCAAGGUACCUGCUCAGCUCGAUCCAGAAAAUGUAGUUGUUCUAAAUGGCUGCUCCUCUGUAUUCUCCACACUGGCCAUGGUUCUGUGUGAUCCAGGUGAGGCCUUGCUGACCCCCACCCCCUUCUAUGGCGGCUUCGUCUUUAGUUCCCACCUGUAUUCGAAAGUUGAGCUGAUUCUCAUCCACCUGGACAGUGAGAGCAGGGACGCGAACCCCCGCCCGUUGGAGCUCACUGUGGACAAGCUAGAGCAAGCUCUGCUUGAGGCGACGCUUACAGGGAAAAAGUUCAGAGGUCUUGUGCUAAUCAACCCUCAGAAUCCUCUGGGGGAUGUCUACUCCUGAGAUUCACUGAAAGAAUACCUGGAAUUUGCCAAGACGUAUAACCUACAUGUGAUUAUAGAUGAGAUUUACAUGCUGUCUGUGUUUGAUGAAUCCAUCACAUUCCACAGCAUUCUGAGCAUGGAAAGUUUGCCUGACCCCAACAGGACCCAUGUGAUCUGGGGCACCAGUAAGGAUUACGACAUCUCUGGCUUCCGCUUUGGUGUUCUUUACACGCACAACAAGGAGGCGGCCUCUGCCGUGAGCUCUUUUGGCUAUCUCCACAGUGUCUCUGGCAUCAGCCAGUACAAGCUGUGCCGGCUGCUUCGGGACUGAGAGUGGAUUGACGGAGUGUACCUGCCCACUUACCACUCCCGGCUGCAGAGAGCUCACAGAUACAUCACUAAGAAGUUGAAGGCAUUGGGGAUCCCUUUUCUCAACCGUGGCUCUGGCCUCUAUGUCUGGAUCAACUUGAAAGUGUACCUGGAUCCGUGCACCUUUGAGGAAGAGCUGCUGCUCUGUCGCCGCUUCCUGGAUAACAAGCUGAUCUUGUCCCGAGGCAAGACCUACAUGUGUAAGGAGGCUGGCUGGUUCCGCAUGGUCUUUGCGGAUAGGCCCCUCCGACUAAAACAAGCCAUAUAUCGGUUCUACCAGGUGCUGGAGGAGCAGAAGAGGGAUCUGAGAGUGAAGCAACUGGAGAGUGCACAGAGAGAGUAAGUGGUCUGCCUCCCACCCAUGCUCAGGGACUCCCUGACGUCAGCCUCUGGGCCAGAAGCCUGGGGUUUGGGCCUGGUGUUGUGACUGAACCAACAGUGGGCCCCUCCGGGAAUGGGCUCCUCUGACCCAGUCAUCAACCUUCUCCAGCUGAGCAUCUGUCGCUUUGGAAGCUUUGCAUCUUUUUAGUCUUUGCUAGCCAUGUAUGUGUACAUGAAAUGUUUUUAUGGGGGUUGGGGUGGGGGCUUGCUGGGUCCCGAUUUUAUGGUUUUAUUUUUGUAGUCCGCAUCUAAUAAAUUUCAUGUUCUCUUAAA